GCGGGCUGCCGGCCGGCAUGGAGGGCGCGGUGUCCAACGUCGAGGUCUGCAACCUGGCCUACGCCGGGCGCCUGGAGGAGCUGCGCGCCCAGCUGCUGCGUGACAGGGCCCUGGCCACCGCCACCGACCAGGACCGCCGCACCGCGCUGCACUGGGCCUGUUCGGCGGGACGCACGGCCGUGGCGGAUCUCCUGCUGGGGCUCGGCGUGCCCGUCGGCGAGAAGGACGACGCUGGUUGGACUCCCUUGCACAUUGCUGCAUCGGCGGGCCGCGAUGAGAUCGUGAAGGCCCUCAUUGACAAAGGGGCUCCCAUCAAUGCUGUCAAUCAGAACGGCUGCACGCCCCUGCACUACGCAGCCUCCAAAAAUAAGCAGGAGAUUGCAGUCAUGCUGUUAGAGAAUGGAGCUGAUCCAGAUGCAACAGAUCAUUUUGAAUCUACCCCAUUGCAUAGAGCAGCAGCGAAAGGCAACCUAAAAAUGAUACAGAUUCUUCUGCGGCACAAUGCAUCUGUUAACAUACAGGACUCAGAAGGGAACACUCCUCUUCAUUUAGCCUGCGAUGAAGAGAGAGUGGAUGAGGCAAAGCUGCUGGUGUCUAAUGGUGCAAGUAUUCACAUUGAGAAUAAAGAAGAGCUGACCCCACUGAAAGUGGCAAAGGGUGGCCUGGGAGCCAUACUUAAAAGAAUGGCGGAGGGCUAGUGGGGCCUUCUGGCCUGGCUGUCUCCUCUUUUGUGCUUUGUUUAAGAUUGCCAACCUCGUAUUUCUAUAGUUCAACAAGGAUGUCAUAUGUGAGCAUCAGCAUGGUACUCAACUGUCUUCUCUCUAGGUUUGCUCAAAGUAUACUGCCAGUCAUUUGUACUUCCUGUUGAUUAAACAGUUUACUACUUUUGAUGUA